CAGCUCAGCUGUCUCUCAUGUGACAAUGUGUCGCCCAACAAUGUCAUGACUGAGCUGCUUGGUGAGCGCAUCAAGAGCUUUGAGGGUGCUCUAGGGCAUGUGCGCUGCUUCGCACACGUCAUCAACCUUGUCGUUAAGACCCUGCUGCGUCAAUUUGACAUACCAAAAGCUAAAGCAACCAAGGACAUCGAUGAGGAGGACCAGGAG